AUGCUUGUCACUGUUCCCUUGACUAACGACGAACAAGAAAAUUCACAGCUACACAAAACACCGUUAAUCCGCAUUGUCGAUUACGAACGUGAUCUUCGAGCACAAUCAGAUCCAUCGUCACAGCGAACAAAGAAUGAACAACAAUACUUACUGUGGUGUUUGCAGCAAACACCAUUGGUUAGAGAUACUGAUUGGCUGAAUAAUCGUCCAGCCCAGCCGGAGUCAUUUUCAGGCGCUUUAGUCGGUAAAGAAUAA